AAAUUAAUACGUUUAGGCCAGCUGUCAGCCCAGUUUUCUCAAGCAGAUUUAUUAUAGAAAUUAUUAUAUCUAAAGCAGAUGGUACAUAUUCAAAAUUAAACGUGCCUUAAUAUAAUGAGUGACUUAGGUAGGCUUGAGUAACGAGUGAGCAAUAACAGGGAGGUAUCUUAAUACGUUCUUAUACCUAAAAUGCUAAAGAUUUAUGUUUUUGUAUAUUUCUCAAUUUAUCCUGGUAUUCUUGGCUUCUUCUAUCAGUCGGAGAAUAUUCUAGAUGCGAUCAACUACUGUGCAAUGCCGUGCAACGGGAGCUAUACCUCAGAACACACUUUUUGUCUUUAUCCCCGCUACCAGCCCAGCACAUCGUGUUCGGGCAUGGUGGACGCCAGGCUAAGUGCUGCGGAGAAGCGAGGCAUCGUGGGGAGACUCAACAAGCGACGGAGCGAGGUGGCGCGGGGGCUGCUGUCUGGGUUCCCGCCGGCGGCCAAUAUGAUGAAGAUGAGAUGGGUUGACGACCUGGCGUUAGAAGCUCAGAGGUGGGCGGAGCAGUGCCUCCCGAUCAGUAAAGUGGAACAGCACGACUCAUGUCGGGAUCUGUAUUCAGUAACAGUAGGUCAGUGCAUAGCGACAGUGGUGGGCGACGCGCCGGGACUCAAACCCGAGACUUUGCUCGACAUGUGGUACAUACAGCGACUGCACUACAAGUGGAAUGCCUCCAUGACCUCACACAAAAAGAAUCUCCACCUCUACGGAGAUUUUGAGCAGAUGUUAAAUGCUGAUUCUUUUAUGGUUGGGUGCGGAAGGAUUCGGUUUAAGUCUCUCUGGCAAGGUCAGCAGCGCCGAGUGGAGCGUCUGGUCUGCAACUUUGCCCCCCGCGGCCCCACGCCCGAGUACAACCCGUGGGCCGCCGGGCCCCCCGCUUCAGCCUGCCCUGACUACGCGAGAGCUGAUACGGAGUUCCCGGACUUGUGUGCUUUGCCGGAUUCCACAGACCAGUACUACAGUGGCUUGCAAACCACCUCGCCAGUGCUUCACACGCUGGAGCAGGGCAUCCUGGUGGUGACUCUCCUGGAGCUGGCGAACAACUCAGCGCUGCGGCGGCCCGGAGGUCUGGACAGCUUCUACCUCGCAACCAUGGGAAAGGUGGACCCGGCUGUCACCAAGCCGUACCCUUAUGUGCCAGGGUUUUUGAGGGACCUUGAGGAUGGUUAG